GCGUCACUGCUACUGAUGUUGACCACAAUUGUUUCAGUAUACCAUCCUGGCCAUGGCGAUGAUGCUGCUAGAAGCUGCCGUGGCCGGCCACCUCCUCCUCAACGAGCACUGGAUGCAGGAUCUGCCGUAUGACCGCACGAGAGAGCUCGAGAACCUCGUCUCCUUUGUCAACAACAACCUCGACCUCUGCAAAUGGGCUGCUCUCGCUACCGUCGCCACACAGGCGUUCUCGCUUUUCUUGGCAAUUACUCUACGAGCCAUGGUUUCGUCCACCAAUGCGGACUUUGACAGCGACGAAGAUUUUGUGGUCAUAAGGAGGCCGCUGCUUCUUGCCCAAGGUGCUCCAGCCUAUCUCCCUACCACGGCCGACCCUAGAGGUGCCCACCCUGGCCUAUGGAGCUCAUCGAUGAGGCAAAAGUAUGGAUUGAACUCCACAAGCGACUACACCUACAACACACUGGAUCAAAAUGCAGUACCACCACAGUGAGAAUCUGCGCGACUGAUGACGAAGUACAUAUCAUAUAUGCAGUACACAAGUCAUAUGUUGCAAUAUGCCAUGGUGUAAUGGGCACUGUAUACAUUUGUACGCCCAGUUAUUCUGUGAAUCUCGGUUGUACAUAGUUCCAUCAUUACUACUCCCUCCGUUCGGAAUUACUUGUCUCGGAAAUGAAUGUAUCUAGAACUAAAAUACGUCUAGAUACAUCCAUUUUCGCGACGAGUAAUUCCGAACAGAGGGAGUAGUAAAGAACAUAUGUGUGAAUGGCUGCCCUGGUUGGCUGGCUGCUAUUUCUUCGAGAUCCGCUUACUAGUGCUGAAUCUGGAGCAAAUCCACAACUCAGUCAUUGUGACAGCCAGGAGAUGGCCGUAUGUAAAAAAAUAGUCUAUCUUGUUGGAUGUCUUGGGUUGGCUGGUUUCUUCAAUGUAGCCAAAGAGAUGGAUGAGCAAGAACGGCAGUAUUUGCAUUGGAUGUGUAUUAAGUUAGAUAUAGCAGUUAGUAAAAAAAUGUAAGGUAAUGUUAGUACAAUUUUCAUGUGGAUGAUGACAUCAUUAAAAUGCUUUCUUGGGCCAAA